GAGGCCAACGGUCCUGCCAAUGGCUACGCAGCCAUUGCCCAGGCUGACAGGCUGACCCAGGAGCCUGAGAGCAUCCGCAAGUGGCGAGAGGAGCAGAGGAAACGGCUGCAAGAGCUGGAUGCUGCGUCUAAGGUAACAGAACAGGAAUGGCGGGAGAAGGCCAAGAAAGACCUGGAGGAGUGGAACCAGCGCCAGAGUGAACAAGUAGAGAAGAACAAGAUCAACAACCGGUGAGAGGGCUGUGGGGAC